AUGUCGUCAGAAGCCACCGUAGCGGCAGCAGCAGCAGCAGCGAAACCGGACCGAAGAGUUCGAGUUGGAAGCGUACAAAGCAAGCGGACCAAUGAGGUGUGGCACGUGCGACACGGCGAGCGAUGUGACGAAGUAUGGGGAGAGGAGCAGCAGGCCUGGGAAAGGUCACCAAGGUGUAAUGAAGGCGGGUGGUUUGAUCCAUUCCUCACCAGAGACGGUCAUGUGCAGGCGUGCAGAGCCGGAGAGCAUCUCAAAGGCCUGCCGUUCAACCGGCAGCAGAAGCAACCGGGGAGCUUCGACAUUGUGUACACAUCACCACUGCUUCGAGCCGUGCAGACAGCUGUCUGCAUCUCGCAGAGCCUCGGGAACCUCCCGCUGCAGGUGGUGCCAGGUCUCUGCUCAUGUACCGCGGCGCUGUCAGAAAUUGGCUACUCAAGCGCCGAGGCCACUCUUAUGACCGACAAAGACAUCAUCGAAGCUUUUCCGGGGGUCACCAUCGUGCCGACGGAUCCGCUUGCACCCACUUCAUUUGAAGGCGCUGCGGAGUGGCUAGCCGCCAAGGCCUGCGAGAAGAAAGGAGCAGGCAGCGAUGGCGACGGUGAAUGCUUCUCGCGCGUCUUGGCUGUGGGGCACAGGGAAGGCACAAAGGAGAUGGCAAGGAAGAACGUACCCACUCCAUACUGCUGCAUCGGCAUAUUCAAGGUUAAGGCAGAGGAGGAAAACUGGUACCCGUACGAGCUGCACGACUUGCUAAUCAACACAGGAGAGUCGCUCAAAUCCAGCGGGGAAUCAGCCUACGCGAGACCGAAAGUGGCCACGUCGGAAGAGGAAAAUCGUCCGAGGAAUGACGACGAGGACGGUGAUGGCGAGGUAGAAGCCCUGGCCGCAAGGAUAGCUGCCCUGAGUGACAACAUGAAGGGCCCGAAGAUAUGUCCACCAGGAACAGGGGUACAAGAUGCCGCUCUCGGAGAAACACGCGAGGCUCCAGGUUCGGAAGGAGAACCUGGAGGCCAGGGUAGACACGGACACGAUGCUCAACAAGAAGGCGGCCAGGGGGAGGAGCUUCCCCUGGGCGUGUCAGCAGGGACGAAAACAUAA